AUUAUUAUUAUUAUCAGGUCCUGCUGCUGGUGAGUUGACAACGGCAGCGUGUGGGGUUACAACAUCGAGAGAAAGUAACCUUUAUUUUAUCCUGUUAUUUUUUUUAAUUAGUUCAGCGGAAUAACCGCUGAACCAUCAGCUCGUCAAACUGUGCUGCUGUGAACAUCAUAAACAACAAUAAACAACAACACACGUCUCUUCUUCCGGUUUCUGGAUGUAGCUGUCAUACUCCAGCAUCGUUUUCACGGGGAAUUGCCUUAUCAGCAGCUUUAGUAUGAGUGAAGGAGAGGUGUUUCACGAGAAGCAACGACUGGAGCUGUGCGCCAUCCACGCACUCAACAACGUGCUCCAGGAGCGGGUGUUUACCAAGGAGACAGCGGACGACAUCUGCAAACGGCUGGCUCCGCAGUGCGUGGUGAAUCCCCAUCGGUCAGUGUUGGGGACAGGAAACUAUGACGUCAACGUCAUCAUGGCGGCACUACAAAGUAGGGAAUUGGCAGCAGUCUGGUGGGAUAAACGCAGGACGGUUCAGAGCCUUUGCACGUCAAAGGUCCAAGGCUUUAUUCUCAAUGUCCCGUCACGAGUAUCACUGGGGAUUGUGUCCCUCCCACUCCGGCGGCGGCACUGGCUUGCAGUUCGGCAAGUGAACGGACAGUACUACAACCUGGACUCCAAACUGAAGAGUCCCGUGUGCAUUGGGGGAGAGGCAGAGCUACGCACGUUUCUCAGCGAACAGCUUUCUCAGGAUGUGGCGGAGAUGCUCCUGGUUGUCCGACGGGAGGUGGAGGAGGACGGAUCAUGGCUGAACGCCGACAACUCCAAGAAGUGACGCUUUGGUUUAAGACGUUUCUUUGCAUAGCAUGGAAAAAAAAACCUCUGGGAAAAUGACAUUUUUACUUUUAAAUAGACCUCAUUUCAGAAAUUUCUUCAGGGAAUGCACUAAAAUACAUUUAAUACCUACACACAGAGGAAAUUCCAAAGAAAAGCAGAGGCGGGUGUUUACUCCUUAAAUGAAGAACUGUGUUAUUUAACAGCUGUAAAAGGUUUCGCGAUACGGCCCGUGUAUCUGUGUCGUCUACUCUAUGCCUGGUACUUUUGUUUUAACACUGGGAAGGAGCAUUUAAGCUACGUGUGGCAAAUGUGAGCUAUUUUUUAUGACACUUAAGUCGUGACAUAUGACUGAACUGUUCACUGUUUCAGUUGCAGGCAGUGUUGUGCAUGAAAACGAUUAAUACAGUAUCAUUUUUGUUACUUUGUUUACUAAAACAGCAUCAAGACGAUAACGGUUGAGCUGAGUUGUGACGUACAACAUCAUCUUCUCAGACCUAGAUCAUUGCACGCAGUGGUCACGUCAAACGUAUCACUCAUGAAGCACCAUCUUGUUGUUAACCUUCUAUGCACUGCAGAGUUAGUUCUGUUAGCACCGUUUGUCCUUUGUUUGUACUCACACAGGCACAGGUACCACAUAGGCAUCACUUUGUGAGGCAUUGAAGGGCAGCGCCAGUGUUUCUGCAUACUUCCCUGACACUGGAAUGUGUGUUUUUGGUUUGCCUUUUGUUUAGUUUGAUAAUCCAAGAACCCGUUGCAGGGAAGAGCAGUUUGACUAUAACACUAGAAAUUGAAGUCAGUGGUUGUACUGAUGUUGGAAACUGUUUUCAUUAUCACCUAAAAGGAAAGUAUGCAGCAAUGUAAACACUGGUUUGUGACUGUAUGUAGCCUCUAUGUCUGUAAUUGCGUCUCUGCUGUUAAUCUAUGCAUAUCCAAAAAAAAACAAAAAAAGUAAAAAUAAGAGCGCUGCCUCUGUUACACACUAGUGACCUACUCACACAUACGCUCAGAGUUUGGUAAUAUUGAAAUGUAUUUAUAUUAAACCUCUUGUUUUAAGUAUGA